UAAUCCGUUCUAGUUAGAACCCCUACCAACUUUACAAAAGCUAACUUCCUGGAAGUAUCCCCCCAUCCUCCACUGUGCGACGAUUUAAGUUCAUCUAUCUUCUUUCGCCUCCAUAUAUAAACAGAAACACCUCUUUGACUCGUACUUGCUUCAUAUUCAAACCCUUUGUUUUUUCUGCAUCACUCUUAAUUUCUCUCUUUUAAUGGAAGCAAUCAAUAUGUGUUCUUCUUCUACUUCAUCCUCGGAUUCUUCUUCUUCAGAAUCAUCUUUUUCUGGUAAUAAUAGAAUACCAAGAGAAACCCACAAAGCUGAAAGAAUUAAAGGUCCAUGGAGUGCGGAAGAAGACCGUAUUUUGACCCGUCUUGUUGAACGAUAUGGACCGAGAAACUGGUCUCUUAUAAGCCGAUACAUUAAGGGAAGGUCGGGGAAAUCUUGCAGGCUUAGAUGGUGUAACCAGCUAAGCCCAAAUGUUGAGCAUAGGCCUUUCUCUCCGGCAGAAGACGAGACCAUCUUGGCCGCCCAUGCCCGGUUCGGAAACCGUUGGGCCACUAUCGCACGGUUGCUCCCUGGUCGAACAGAUAAUGCGGUCAAGAAUCACUGGAACUCCACGUUGAAGAGAAGAGCAAAAGAACAACAAUUACAACAACAGCAACAGCCGCUAGAACAACAACAAAUGGAUUUUUUUGAUAAUGGAAAUAAUAACAUAGGGCAUGCAGCUUCAGGAUCGGGUCAGCAGUGUAUGGGAUUGGAAGAUGAUUCAUUGACUGCAUUGACUUUGGGUCCUCCAGGGAGUAGUAGUGCUGCGGUGACCGAAAGGAGAACGGAGGGUUUUCCGGCGGGGUUCUGGGAUGCGAUGAGAGGUGUUAUAGCAAGAGAAGUAAGAGAUUACAUGAGUUCAACGUUGUCUGAGACUUCAGGGUUCCAUUAAAAUGAGGAAGAGAAAGUCAAUUGCUUAUGUAUUAUCUGUUAAUCUGGUGGUUUAUUUCUGAAGAAUUUAAUGUUGAUAUAGUGAUGUAAUGUAAUUUUCAAAUCAGGAAUGCCUGAGCUCGAGGCAAUACAGCCUGUCUGUCAACAGAAGAAAAGAGAAGGCAAAUUAACUACGAUUUGUUAAGAUCGUUUUAAAUCUUGUUAAUGGAGAAUUAAUUAUGUAA